AUGGAUGUAAUUGACCAGGGUUUCAAUUUGGGGGUCUUGCAUGAUGUUUUCCUCGCGAUUAGGGUUCGAUUUUGUUGUUUUGGAAUCGAUUUGGGGAUGAUUUCGAUUGAGGGUUUUCAAUCGAUUAAGGGAUGGGUGACUUUGCAGUUGAUACGUGAUCCAACCAACUCUAGAGGCUUCUUGUCUGCGAGGUCUGUCACGGGUUUUCUUUCAGAUGUAUACGGUCCAGCUGCAGAUGAAGUUGGAAAAAUCUUCUUGAUUGCAGAUGAAAAGAUGCAAGGAGCUGUUUUUGAUCUACCAGAGGACAUCGCCAAAGAGCUACUAGAGAAAGAAAUGCCAGAAGGAAACAGUGUAUCCAUGAUUACAAAUUUGCUUGCAUUGCAAGACGAUGGACCGUCUAGUGAUAACUAUGGACGGUUAUCUAGCAGAGACAGGAUGCCUAGAGGAGGAGGAUGGGGCUCUAGAGGGUCAAGAUUUGGAGGCAGAGGUGGCUCUUCCCGAGGACGUGAUAGUUGGGGAGGUGAUGAUAACAGAAGAGGUAGAAGCAGUUGUGGUGGAGGAAGUAGCUGGUCACGUGGUGGUGGUUGUGGUAUCAAAGGAAGUUCUGAUGAUUGGUUGAUUGGUAGUGACAGAAGAUCAUCAUCAAGCAGCAGAGCUCCUUGCCGGGAGAGGGAUGAACAAGGGACAUGUUGUCACCAGACGCGAGUUGGUUCCUCGUCCUCAUUCUCGGAUAGGAGUACGUUUCUCUCUAAGCUUGACAUUCUUUAA